AUGUCGCUUCCCGCAUAUUCGAUUCGCCAAAAUGAAUCAAAUCCAACGAUUUUGAAAACUCUUCAGGUAAAAAGAAUCACGAUUUUUGAUGUAUUUUCAAAUUUUACCUAUUUAGUUUCUCGAUCAAGCCAAUGUUCUAUUGAAAAAAGAUAUAUUGACCGGAGAACAAAAGAAAAUACUUUUGAAGAAAGUUGGAGAAUUGAUUGGAGAAUGUGAGUUAUCUAAUUUAUUUCUGAUAUUUGUUGAAUUUUUCAGUGAACCGAAGAUAUAAAUUGGAUGAAGAUGCGAUUUCUGAAAAUAGUGAUGCGAAGCGAAUGGAAUCACUAAAAAUGGUAUUUCAACAAUCUUUGGAAUUCGCUGAAAAUCGAAAAAUCUUGGAUGACUUGUCGAAAGAAAUUUUGGAAGUGAAAUUCGAUAUUCAAAAAACCGAAAAUGAUAUAAGAAGUCUGAGUAGCAGCGUUGCAAAAGUAAAAAAUCAAAUCGAAGUCGUAAAUAAAAAACAGGAAAAACGAAAGAUAUCUGCAAUCAAUGCAAAUUUCGAAUUGGAACAACAAGCAGAGAUAAUUCGAAAGAAUUUGGAAAAUUCGACUGAAGUUGGACAAUUGCGACAUUUGGAGGAAGAACAACGUUCGAUUGAGAAAGAUGUCGAAAAUCUGAAAAUUGCUGAUAAGCAAACUCUUGAAAAUAUCAGAGUAAUGAAAGCAACAUGUAAGUUUUGUAGUGAAUUUAUUUAAAACAUUUGCAUAUUAACGUAUUACAGUGAAAGCUGAAACCAAAAAACCAUUUGUCAAGUUGGUUGUUGAAAUUGCAAAACAACAUCGUCUUUAUAAUGUGCUUAUGCCAAAGUUGGAAAAAUCACGAGCAAAUGUGGAAAAAUUGAAAGAAGAAGAGGCUAAAAGAAGAGCAUCUGGUAAUUUGGAUGACACUAUUCUUUUCGAUGAUUCAUUUGUCAAAGCUUCGGUAUGUUUAUAUUUCAAAGUUUCAAAAUUAUGUCGAAUUUUUAGCAAGAAGCUCAAAAUCAAGUGUCAAAUGUUUCAAAUGAUGUUCAACCAGCGAAAAAAUCAGUGAUUCCACAAGUUCGACCAAUGACAACAAGUCAAUCAACAGAACAAAUCAAUACUUCGAUGAGAAGUAUUAAUUCGAUGCAAAGUGAAACGAGAGUUUUGCCGCCAGCUGAAUCAGUUCAAGAAAAAGUUGUUGAACAAGAUGAAGAAGAACCAAUGGAUCAGACAACUCACGAUAUUGAUGAAGAAAAAAAUGAACAGCGAGAAUACUGUAAGACAUUUUUGAAUUACCCGGGAAAAAUAUUGUUUUUUAGACACUCGAACAAGAUGCUGAUCAACAAGUUCAAGAAGAAGAGGAAGAGCGAGAAAUCGAAUUCGAUAAUAAUAUGGAAGAAGAAGUUGUUAUGGAAGAAGAGGAGGAAGAAGAGAGAGAAAAUCCAAUUGUAGAGGAAACACAGAAAGAAGCUGAACUCAAUGUUUCGAAAUCUGGCAACAAUUCCAAAAACAAUAGUGGAUUUUUCAAUGAUUUAUUGGCUAAAAAAGGCGAUGGAACAAACAACCGGGAAAAUGAUUCUGUUUUGAAUGUGAGCAGUGGAGAUGAAAAUGGCGAUUUUUUGAACGGUUUGAGAGAUGAUGAAGGGCAAAGCCAAGCUUCUGAGAAUUUCUCGUUUAAUCUUUUUGGCUCCAGUGGCGCUGCAAAUGGAGAAAACAAUGAUUUAGGUUAGGAUUUAAAUAACACAAUUUUUUAUUUUCUAAUUUUCAAAAUAAAAUUGCAGACUUUGAUUUCAAUUUCGGCGGUGGCGGCAGCGGUUCAGACAAUGAUGACAAUUUCAAUCUUUUCGGCGCCGGCGAUUCACCAAACAAAUCUGCCACUGGAGAUGGAGGAGCAAAAGCGUCGUCUUCAGAUCCAUUUGGUUUUGGAAAAUCAGCAGAGAAUACUGGUUUCAGUUUCAAUUUUGAUGAUGCUGGAAGUUCGGGAAAUGAUGGCGGAAAUUCAUCGUUUUUCAAUUUUUAA